AUGAGCCAUAUCAACAGAAAGUUCCCCUACUCUACCAGCAAGGUUUUAGGUGUCACCGUGUGUCCCAGGUGUCCCCGGGCGGGGCAGAACUGCAGCGUCAGCGGCUGGGGCACCACCAAGUCACCUGGAGCCCAGCUCCCGCGGGACCUGCAGUGUGCUCAGGUGCAGACCUUCGGGCCCGAGCAGUGCGCCCGCGCCUACGGCAGCGCCGUCACCCGCAACAUGUUCUGCGCAGGUGUGCCCCAGGGCGGCGUCGACUCCUGCCAGGUGAGUCACAGGUGUGCCCAGGUGUGUACAGGUGUGCCCCAGGUGUGUGCAGGUGUGUGCAGGUGCCUGUCCCAGGUGUAUCCCAGGUGUAUCCCAGGUGUAUCCCAGGUGUAUCCCAGGUGUAUCCCAGGUGUAUCCCAAGUGUAUCCCAGGUGUAUCCCAGGUGUGUCCCAGGUGUAUCCCAGGUGUAUCCCAGGUGUAUCCCAGGUGUGUCUCACCUGUGUCUCACCUGUCUCUCACCUGUUGCAGGGUGACUCAGGUGGGCCGCUGGUGUGCGGGGGGUACCUGCAGGGCGUGGUCUCCUGGGGCCUGGCCGUGUGCGGGCAGCGCGGGAACCCCGGCGUGUACAGCAACGUCUGCCGGGCCACGCCCUGGAUCCGCCGCGUCAUCGGCAACGGCCAAUGAGGGACCGGCAACGGCCAGUGAGGGACCGGCAACGGCCAAUGAGGGACCGGCAGGGACCAGGAGUGACCAACAGUGACCAGGAGUGACCAAGAGUGACCAGCAGUGAC